AUGUUACUGAUCCGGAAGGAGUUGAGCUGCAACAACGUCUUUGUUCCUUCACUGAAGGUGUCCAAGUGCUCCGAAGAGAUCAAGAAUUACAUCGAGGAGAGGUCCGGCGAGGACCCCCUGGUGAAGGGUGUUCCCGAGGAAAAGAAUCCCUUCAAGGAGAAAGGAGGCUGCGUCAUUGCAUGAGGAAACAAACCCAUCCGCAACUGGAGCGGACAGUGUUGUACCUUUAGUGAGUCACUAGCGUGCCCUCAGUUCCGCUGGUCCUUGCUGAACAAGUACAGGAGAGGACUUUUUUCUUAAAAAAAAA